CCGACGUGAGGCUCAAUCCUAGGACCUCAGGAUCAUGACCUGAGCCAAAGACAAUGGCCCUGCAGACUGCUCAGCCUCCCCUGGGGUCCCGUUGGACCUCCACACGUGGCAGCCUCCUGCUCCUGCUCCUCAGCCUUGGGUGGGUGUUACCUUCCAGGGCCGAGGCUGCAGACUCAAGACUGGGUGUCAUGACCCUAUGGCUGCAAGGCACCUCCCGGGACCCGACCUGGCAGCGGCCUGAGCUCACUGUCAUCCUCUCGAGGGACCGGCGGGACACACAGAAGGUCUGCCCCCCAAGGCAGAAGGCCCACGUGGUGGAUGAAAACCUUGUCUUCUAUGAGGAGUGGGAGCUGGAGGCUUGUGUGGACGGGGCCCUGCUGGAGGCUCAGAUGGACCGGGUGAACAUGGUGCCCUUCACCUACCAGCAGCUUAAUGUUUUUAAGCGAAAACUGGACCAGCUCUACCCACAGGGGUACCCUGAGUCCCUGAUCCAGCACUUGGGGUACUUCUUCUUCGAGAUCACCCCUGAGGACAUCCACAAGUGGAACGUGACAUCCCUGGAAACAGUGAAAUCUCUUCUUAAAGUCAGCAAAGGGCACAAAGUGGAUGCUCAGGUGGCUGCCCUGAUUGCCCGCUACGUGGCGGGAGGGGGCCAGCUGGACAAGGCCACCCUGGACGUACUGGCCACCUUCAGUCCCACGUACCUAUGUGUCCUCAGUCCUGAGCAGCUGGGCUCUGUGCAGCACAGUGUUAUUUGGGUGGCCAGGGACCAGGACCUGGAUGCAUGCCGCCCACCGCAGAUGGACGUCCUCUACCCCAAGGCCCGCACUGCCUUCCAGAACCUGAGCGGGUCUGAAUACUUUUUGAGGAUCAAGCCCUACCUGGGUGGGGCCCGCACCGAGGACCUGCGGGCUCUCAGUCGGCAGAACGUAAGCAUGGACACAGCCACGUUCAAGACCCUGCGGAGGGAGGCGGUGCUGCCGCUGACUGUUGCCGAGGUGCAAAACCUUUUGGGUGCAAACCUGGCGGGCCUGAAGGCGGAGCAGGGGAACAGCCCCGUGCGGGACUGGAUCUUACGGCAGCGUCAGGAUGACCUGGACCGUCUGGGCCUGGGGCUCCGCGGUGGCAUCCCCAACGGUUACCUGGUCAUGGACCUCAGCUUCCGAGAGGCCCUCUCAGGGGGCACCCGCCUCCUCGGACCGGGACCAGUGUUCACCGCCAUCCUGGCUCUGCUCCUGGGUUUGACCCCGAAGUGAGCCCACUGCUCUGGACGCUGGACCUCUCCUGCUGCGAGGCUCCCUGGCCACCCCAAGGGGACUGGAGUUCAA